GAGUUUGUGAUACUUCGAUGAAAGUAAUACGGAAUCUAUGAUCAGUGAUGGCAGUGCUCUUGUGCGUGUGGGUGUUUGCGGCUAGGUGAAACAUGUAUAGUUUGGCCAUCCCCCAAAAGUCAUUAGUUCGUCAGUGGAAAAAUAUUGCAAAAGGAUGCUGUGGUUGUCAUCAGCGAAAUGUGAUUGCGAAACAUCCAACGGUACGAUUAGCUCCAUUACUAUUAACACCGAAACACUGUUACACAACGAAUAUACAGUGGUUACUACCCGAAAUAAUACGGACUAGCUCUCUCGCUUACGUACAAACGAAUGCUACAGGUAAAUUCAGUUCCGGCUAUGUUGCCGGAACAAAUAGACUUCACAGUGCUGUUUUUGUGAGAAGAUUCUAUGCCGGCCCGAUUCUUCGGAAAGAAGCGCCCCUAAAACCAUCGUCAAAGGUAGAAGAAACGGUUCAAGCAAUAAAGAGUAAACUAAAGGAGGGAGAGAAGCCACCAGAUGCUCCAGUGCCAGUGAAAGUUAAGAAAACUAUAAGACAGAGGAUAGUGGAUGAAGUCCUUCAUUAUUACCACGGAUUCAGAUUACUGUUUAUUGACAUUAAAAUAUCUCUGAAACUGUCAUGGAGAAUUUUGCAGGGCAAGAGUUUAACGAGACGGGAACAUAGGCUUUUGGUGAGAACCGUGUCAGAUUUAUUUCGACUGGUCCCAUUUUCAGUAUUCAUCAUUGUACCCUUUAUGGAGCUGUUAUUACCAGUGGCAAUAAAAUUAUUUCCUGGAAUGCUACCAUCAACAUUUCAAACUGCAAGAGAGAAGGAGGAUAAAAUGAAACAAGCAUUGAAAGUGAAGCUUGAAAUGGCAAAAUUUCUUCAGAAAACGCUGGAUGACAUGGCUGUUCAAGGAAAGGGACACAGCUCUGAAAGAGCUAAAGAAUUCCAUGACUUCUUUGUAAAGGUCCGGACAUCUGGUGAACAGGCCACAAAUGAGGAAAUAAUGAAAUUUUCAAAGCUCUUUGAGGAUGAAAUAACAUUAGACUCGUUGUCACGGGCUCAGCUGACUGCUCUGUGUAGAGUACUUGAGAUACAGCCAAUAGGAACCAACAAUUUUCUUAGGUUUCAGCUCAGAAUGAGACUCCGAAGUUUGGCAGCUGAUGACAAGGUUAUUCAAAAAGAGGGAAUAGACUCCUUGAGUCUUGCAGAACUACAACAAGCUUGCCGGGCCCGUGGAAUGAGAGCAUAUGGUAUGUCAGAAGAGCGCAUGAAAUUACAGUUAGCUCAGUGGUUGGAUUUGAGCCUGAAUAAGAAAGUACCUCCAUCGCUAUUGUUGCUGUCCCGUGCUCUUCUGUUGCCUGAUACAAUACCCACAAGUGAUCAGCUAAAGGCGACAAUAUCAUCUUUGCCAGAUACUUUGGUAACACAAACUGAAGCAGCAAUUGGUGAACGUGAAGGCAAGAUAGACAACAAAAUGAAGAUAGAAGUAAUUAGAGAAGAAGAGCGCAAAAUAAAGGAGGAAAGGCAAGAGAUGAGAGAAGAAUUGAAGAAAACAGAUUCUGUCAAGAAAGAAACUGAAGAAAUUUGUGACAAAGCUCCUGUUAUGACAUGUGACACGGGUGUCAUUGAGAUACCUGCUGUUGAUGUCUGCACAAAAGAAGGAUUGAAGAAAGAAGAACUGAGUUCCAUUGAUUUUGAGAAGCUAGAAGAUGCUUUAGACAGCAUUGGAAAAGAAAAGAAGAAGUUGCUCGUAGAAAAGGAGGAACUUGAUGACCUCAAGGAAGAACUGGCUGAGUAUCAAGAGGAUGUUGAUGAGCUGCGACAAGUAGUGAAGUCAGCCCAUGUGUCAAAAGCGGAGCUUAAAGAAACUAAAGCUGCAAAACGCCUUUUCAAUAAAGUAAAUAACAUGAUCAACAAAAUGGACUGCGUCCUGCAGGAACUUGAACGUGAAGAACAACAACUCAAAAAAGAUCUCGAAGCUAAAGAUGAGUUGGAGGAAAAGGAAUCAAAACAAAAAACGGAGCAGCUGGUAAGCAUAGAAGAAUUAAUUAGUGCAAUCAGGCAGAUCCAGAAAGUUCCUGACGAUUCAUUUAUUGAACAAAUAUCAGAAGUGUUAGCAAAAAUUGAUGCUGAUCGUGAUGGUUCACUUCGUGUAGAUGAUGUGCUUAAGGUGAUUGAGUUAGUUGCUGCAGAAAAUGUCAAGCUCAACAAAAAGCAGAUUGAUGAAAUUGUAGAAUUAAUAAAGAAGGAAGAAUUAAUUGAAUUGGAGGAGCAGAUGGGGAAAGUGUUAGAGAAAGGUGCCACACGUCGCACAGCAACGCAGGCAGGUGAACCUUGUCCAGAUAAUGUGAAUAAACAAUCAUGUGAAGUGCCUGCUGCUGCAGUCACGGCAUCCAAAGCACCUGGCACAGAUAAAAACUGUAAAAAGCUGUAGUAUUUAAAUUUAAAUUCAUUUUAAUACUUGUAAGUAUAAUUUAUUUUUUAAUUUAUACGAUUCUUAUUGUUGGAACAAGUGCAGUGUUCGGCUUUUCAUAUUAUAUUUUUUGUAUAGAUGUAAAUAAUUGUGUAAGAUUUUUCUGUAACUCAGUGCAGUUCACUUUUAACUCUGUAUGUCUCCACCAGAUAUUAAUUACAAGAGUGUACCUGAGAUAAUAGUAAAUAUUAGAAUGGGAUCAAGUUCCAUCAGCAAGUAUUAAUAGCUCCUUUGUGAGCACUAUGUACCAAAUGAACUUGCAUUAAAUUUUUGUGGAAAGUAUUUAAUUUCAGUGCUAUAAUGUAUUCAGUAAUGAGUGCCGGCUAAAGUUGUUUAGUUUUUCUUGUUUUAAUUGAGUGAAUACAGCUGCAGACUUUCACAAGUUGUAAACAUUCCAGUCCAUUAACCUGAUAAUUUUCGGUAUCUUACUUUCAUUCUAACAGAACGUUGCUGGUGUAAGGAGCAGGGAAAAUUUAAUAAAAAGGUCACAUGUGAUGUAUAUAUGGUAUAACAGUUAAUGUUUCUGCAAUUUUUAUUUACUUUGUAGAUCAAAGGUGUGGUUUUUUUCCCCUAAAUGUACUAUUGACUCGCUGAACAUAGGCAAAAUAGCUUUGUUGGAUACAUCAGAGUAUUUGCCUUGACAAAUUUAUGUAUAUGUAAAUGUCAUUCUUGGAACAGGCUGAAAGAGGGCAGAUAUUUCUGUGUUACAACUCUAAAGAUUUGUAACAUUUUUUCAUGCUAAAAUGAUUGCCUUAUAUCCUCCUUUAAUUUUUGAACUGAAGUACUGAAAAUCAAGGAAAGUGUAAUGAAUUUAUUUUGUUAUGAAAUACUAACUCCUUCCAAAACAAAAAAUUGAAUCAGGAUCUUAAAACUUGAGACAAUGGACCAUUUUGAAAAUACCACAUGUGACAUUACAAAGGAUGUAUAACUCUCAUACCUUUGUACCUUAUUUUGGUAUCAGUAAUGAUCCAGUUGUGUGUUUAAGUAAAUGGAUUUUUGUGAUUUUUAGAUUACAUACAACUUAUUAAGGAAAUGCUAAUAUACGUAAAAACAAACACAAUAUUACAGUGCACUACAAUACGAUUAGUUGUAAUGGAAAAGUAACUCUCUUCAUUUUCUCAGCAUUGUGUUCAAGGAUUCACAGAGACAUACCAAGGCUGACCAGUACCUACCUUCAGAAAGCACAACACUGCCAGUAGAAAUACUUCACAGAUUGUCACUUGUGUCCUAGAAUCUAAGUGAUAUGUCCAUCCUCCCUCCUGUUAUAAUAUUAACAUUUUUUUUAACUGAACUUUCUCUGUUGUACUAAUCUAGGAAUCACACACUCACAUUACGUACUGCUGCAGGCUUAUCGAUUUUAUCACUCAAAAGGAAUGUGGUUUUGUGGGUGCAUGUGAGGUUUGUUUUAUGUAAUAUUAAAUAGGGCAAUUAUGCUGUAGGAAACGGGGUGUCUGUCGGGUUACUGUUUUUACCAGAUUUUACAUUGUACUUACUUUGACAUCUAAAGUUCCUGCUACAGUUUUCCAAGAUGGUGGGAAACUGCUUUUUAUGAGAAGAAUAUGCAACCAAAAACAGAAACAACGAAAAAUCCAGUAUGGAAUGUAACAAUAUUAUGAGAAGGAAAGUUGCUACUCACCAUAUAGCGGAGAUGGUGAGUUGCACAUAGGCACAACAAAAAACUCUUUUUGUUGUGCCUAUCUGCAACUCAGCAUCUCUGCUAUAUGGUUAGUAGCAACUUUCCUUCUCACAACCAAAAACUGAUGUUUGCCAGGCAGUGGCAGAAGCAGAUGCAAAUAGAAGGUGAUGUGAUUACUAGUUUUAGGAACCAGAGUUUGCUCAGUAUGGAUUAUUACCAGUAAAUUGGUUACUUUUACAAUACAUUUGUUGGGCAGAAGAGUUUUGAGUCACAAUACCUGCAGAAAUUCAUCCUAAAUCUCCAAAAUGUUUCAAGGGAAGGAAUGACAAAAUAAGCAGUACUCAGAAGUAACAUCAGGUACAACAGAGAGAAGACUGAAGAGUGAGAAACCCCAAGACCAAAAAAUAAGAUAUUUUUGCUUUAUACGAUUUCUCUAGAAAAUUGAGUUGACAAAAGACAAAGGAGGACCUCUAGUACUGACAUCAGAAAUUCAGUAUCCAUUGUUCACUUUCAUCCCCCCCCCUCUCUCUCUCUCUCUCUCUCUCUCUCUCUUUCU